AUGGGUGCUCUUUGCUGUCGCGCACAGCCAAUAGAUUUUGACGGGGAGGUCAAUCUGUUUCACUUCGUGCUUCUGCGAUGUGUGGGAAAGGGCGCAUUUGGCAAGGUCCGUGUGGUGCAGCACAAGCAGACCCGGAACUUGUAUGCCCUCAAGUACAUCAACAAAUCCAAGUGUGUCAAGAUGAAGGCAGUCGCAAACAUCGUUCAAGAGCGCAGAUUGCUCGAAGAGGUCGACCAUCCUUUUGUGGUCAAUCUACGAUAUGCCUUUCAAGAUGAUGAGAACUGUUUCUUUGUACUCGAUCUCAUGCUUGGUGGGGACUUGAGAUUCCACCUGGAGAGAUUAGGCUCGCUGUCAGAGGACGCCGUGCGGUUCUACGUCGCCGAACUUUCGUCCGCUUUAGCGUAUCUCCAUGACCAUCGGAUUAUCCACCGAGACCUCAAGCCGGAUAACAUUCUCCUGGACGAACAGGGACACGCCCACUUGACAGAUUUCAACAUCGCGGUGCAUUACAGUGACCGCAAGCCUCUAUCUGGCGUGGCAGGUUCCAUGGCGUAUAUGGCGCCAGAGAUUCUAGCCAAGCGCGGGUACACAUAUACCAUUGACUGGUGGUCGCUCGGCAUCUGCGUAUACGAGCUCAUCUUCGGGCGGAGACCAUUCCGAGGCAAGACAAAUGGCGAUCUCACACACAGCAUCACUAAGGAUUCACUUCGGUUCCCCGACGAUGCGGAGAGCAAGUGUAGCAGAGCAGGCAUGCAGGCCCUGCGUAUGUUCCUAGAUCGAGAUCCGGCGAAGCGGAUGGGCUGGAAGACAAACGAAGGCAUGGAGCCAUUGCGAAAUCAUCCAUGGUUCAGUUGUAUUGACUGGGAGACUCUGGAGGAGAAGAAGCAGAUACCGCCAUUCGUGCCUGAUUCGAAGAAGGCGAACUUCGACGCAUCACAUGAGCUUGAGGAGCUGCUGCUUGAGGACAACCCGCUCAAGGCACGGCAACGGAAGGUGCAAGAUAUCAACAAUCUGAGCGUGGAGAUGCGACAGAUGGAGGAACAGUUCACGUCAUAUGACUACCGGAAGAUGCAACGGCGAUCGUAUUACCCUCAGAAUCAAAUCGUCUCCACCGUCACUGCGACGUCGUCAGGACCGAGCAACUCACGUCCUGUCACUCCUAUGACCAUUGAACCCGACGGACUGCAUGAGGAGUAUGCACUCAAGAAGGUCAAUCGGUCGUUUGAGGAGGACAUGCUGGACACGCCCAUCUCACCGUCAACGCCCAUGACGCCAGUUCAUACGGGUCAUCAGAUGAGCAACAUCGUCUACGAGAAGGACGUCUGA